UUCCACUUCAGCACAGCAAUCAGCUGCUUCGUCUGCUCAGCGAAGUUGAGUCAACACGCCGGGAAUCUCACUGCCUGGAUUCUUGUGGCGUCUCCACACUCGGAGUCAUCUUUUUUCUGCCGGGAUUUUUUUGUCAUUCUCUGAUAGAAACCCGUUUUUGCUUGAAAUGUGUUGGUAGACACUAAUAGUUGAGUUGCAACCAUUAACCGCCCAGUCAUUAAGUACCUGCGGAUCUACUGCAGGGGAGUUUUCACCAGCAAGGAUACAGCAGAGAACCUAAAACAAUAAGGAUCUUCAAAGAAGUGAACAAUGCUCAGACUAGGGACCAUCAUUUGCACUUUUUCUGUGCUGGCUAUUGCAGCAAGAGCAGCUUUUAUGGCACGGAACUGCAGCGAGGUGAGGGAGGCUUGUAUCGGGAAAGGCUUCAGCUUCGCACAUGUUCCUCUUCAGGAGAUCCCAGGUGAACAUCUCCGGGUAUGUCCUCAGGGAAACACAUGUUGCACCCAGGAAAUGGAGGACACAUUUGGCCAGCAGAGCAAACAGGACUUUGAGAAUCUUGUUGAUGAAAUUAGUCAUGAAUUGAGAAGCACCUUUGUUUCCAGACAUAAAAGAUUUGACGAAUUCUUCCUGGAGCUACUGGAAAACACGGAGAGGUCCCUGAAUGAGAUGUUUGUGAGGACUUACGGCAAGCCUUACAUGCAGAACUCAGAGGUCUUUGAGAACCUGUUUGCAGAGCUGAAGCGCUAUUACACAGGAGGAAAUGUUAACCUGGAGGAAAUGCUUAAUGACUUUUGGUCGCGGCUACUGGAGCGUAUGUUCACGCUGCUCAACUCCCAGUACGUCAUCACUGAGGACUAUCUGGAGUGUAUCAGUAAGUACACCGACCAGCUGAAGCCCUUUGGAGACGUGCCCAGGAAACUCAAGGCUCAGGUUACCCGGGCAUUCAUCGCUGCACGCACAUUUGUCCAAGGGCUCUCUGUUGGCCGGGAGGUGGCCCAGAGAGUGUCCAAGGUAAGCAGCACUCCAGCAUGUAUUCGGGCACUCACCAAGAUGCUGUACUGCCCCUUUUGUCAGGGCAUGCCAGCAGUUAAACCCUGUAAGAACUACUGCCUGAAUGUCAUGAAGGGCUGCCUGGCAAAUCAGGCUGAUCUGGAUCCAGAGUGGAACCUGUACAUCGAUGCCAUGCUGCUGGUGGCACAGAGGCUGGAGGGACCUUUCAAUAUUGAAUCUGUCAUGGAGCCUAUUGAUGUCAAGAUUUCAGAGGCCAUCAUGAAUAUGCAAGAUAACAGUGCCCAGGUCUCCUACAGGGUUUUUCAAGGCUGUGGCCAGCCCAAAGCCGCAGGAAUGACUAGGUCUACCCGCGGUGUUUCGGAUGUGUUCAGCGCUCGCUUCAGGCCAUACAGCCCAGAGGAGCGCCCUACCACUGCAGCUGGCACAAGCUUAGACAGACUGAGGAUUGUUUGGAAUGCGAUGCAACACAGUGUGUUUGACAUAAAAGAGAAACUGAAGCUGUCAAAGAAAUUUUGGUCCAAGCUGCCCGAGGCGAUGUGUGUGGAGGACAGAGUGACCGCUGGAAAUGCCAGCGAUGAGGAGUGCUGGAAUGGACACACCAAGGGCAGAUACUUUCCUGAAGUCCAAAAGGAUGGACUCACCAACCAGUUGAAUAACCCUGAGGUGAGUGUGGACAUCACCCGCCCGGACACCUUAAUCCGCCAGCAGAUCAUGGCUCUCAGGGUGAUGACCAACAAGUUGAAAAAUGCCUACAACGGCAAUGACAUCUACUUCCAAGACUCAAGUGAUGAAGGCAGUGGCUCAGGCAGUGGCAGCGGCUGCACAGAAGUCUGCCCCACAGAAAUGGACGGUGCUGCCUCAGAAGCCCCGGUGGUGGAAGCUGAUCGGCGCGGGCCUGUGGAUGACUCUGCCCCGCACCGUGAAUCCUCUGUAGCACUGCCAACCAUUCUGGCCCUCUCAGCCCUGGCACUCCACCAGCUAUGGAGAUAAUGCUGGAGGAACCAGCUAAACAUGGACAGCAGGGUUUUUCUUUUCUUUUUGCAGUUUUUGUAUUCGGGCAGGUUGGAGCUACAGUCAGGCCGACUAUCCAUGCUGCCAACCUCGAGGCUAGAGGAGUCUGCUCUGAAAAAGAGAGCAGCCAUGCAUCGUGAUUUCCCACUUUCCCAAAGAUCGUGCAGUGCCAUCCUUACACUUGACAUUUUAUGGCAUCACCUCACCACCUAACACUGAUGCCGACCCAACAAACUCUGCUUCAGAGAUUUCUUGCACAUAUGGCAGGUAUUAAUGUAGUUCUCCAUGUGGAAAAAUAUAAAACGCACUUUGAUUGUUUUGAUUUUCUUUUUUACGCAAAAAAUGUUUGUGUUGAAAAAGGUUGAGAAUGUGGUCACAUUAGGUAACAUUAUAUUUUAAAACAAGUACAGAGGAUAAUGACAGAAGAAAAAAAAAAGGAACAUUUUGUUUUUGCCGCAAGUUUUAAUUGAAUCCUUGUUCCAUUGCCAUUAAAUCAUGUGCCAAUUA